GCCUCCAUCUCCUCAUCUUCUCCGGCCAGCAGCGGCCGUCCGUUGUCUGGCCCUCUCUUCCUCUCGUCUGGCAGUCCUUUCUCUCUUCUCCAGCCAACUGACUGCCGUCGCAGUCCCAGACGCCGGCGACUAGAGCUCUUCGAUCUAAGACCAAGGCGAUUCCGAUGGUGGGCUCCGGUCGUUGGAAUCUGCCAUGGAUGGUGGCGGGCGACCGGCGGCAGAAACGGCCAGCUUUUUUUCAAAAGAUUAAUUUUUAGAUCUGGUAAGUUCCAGCCGUCGGAUCUUGUUGGUUUUUGUGUAUGUGGGUCACAAGACCAAAAGUAUGCUGCCAUUCCUUUUGUUGUAUGUUUAUUUGAGGCUUGCGCUUGAUUUGGAGGAAUAGCUUCGUUUGUUUUUUAAGAACCCGUUAUUUGAACAUACAUGGGGUUAUGACUGUUCUUCGUUACCUAAAAGUAAUUUUCUUUGUUCAAAAUGUAAUAUAUACCACGGGGAGUGGCAACACAAUAAUUUAAGCUGCCCUUUGGUCUGUGGUAACGGUUGUUGCUUCAAUGUUUGGUUGUGUUGAAACAGGUACUGAUGGAGGUUUAUGAAAUUUAUUGCCAAUUACCAUAUAUUUUUCUCAAUGUAGUAAUAUAUAUAUAUUGGUAAUUCUGAUCAAAUGUGUUCCAGACUUGAUCUAAUUAGGGUUCUAAUUACGAACCCUAACCUGGCGCAGUGUGUGCCUCUAUUCUCCUCUUUUCUCGCCAUGACAACGAGAUUGGGUACAAACCCGGAAUUGUCAAGAUGUCUUAGGCCCUCUUCUCAUAGACGGAACGCUUCCCAACCCAACUUCAAUUCCUCCCGCAGAAGCUUUCUUCCUCUACCUUCCAACGAUGCGGGCGCUAAAACAAUCGCAAUGGGGGUCUCAAUGUCAACCGCAAACAGCAAGAGGCUUACGUACAAGGAAGCGGGAGUCGAUAUCGAUGCCGGGGCCGAGCUCGUCCGGAGAAUCGCGAAGAUGGCUCCCGGGAUUGGCGGCUUUGGAGGCCUUUUCCCUCUUGGGGAUUCAUAUCUUGUGGCUGGCACAGAUGGAGUAGGAACUAAACUAAAACUUGCUUUUGAAACUGGAAUUCAUGACACUAUUGGGAUUGAUCUGGUUGCAAUGAGUGUCAAUGACAUAGUUACUUCUGGAGCAAAGCCAUUAUUUUUCCUUGAUUACUUUGCCACUAGCCAUCUUGAUGUUGAUCUUGCUGAGAAGGUUAUAAGAGGCAUUGUUGAUGGCUGCCAACAAUCUGAUUGCACUCUUUUAGGGGGAGAGACAGCAGAGAUGCCAGGCUUCUAUGCAGAUGGUGAAUAUGAUCUUAGCGGUUUUGCAGUUGGAAUCGUAAAAAAGGAUUCAGUAAUUGAUGGGAAGGACAUUGUGGCUGGAGAUGUCCUUAUUGGCCUGCCAUCUAGUGGAGUCCAUUCCAAUGGUUUCUCUCUUGUUAGAAGGGUUUUUGCUCAGAGUGGUCUUUCUCUGAAGGACCAACUUCCCGGAGAAACUGUUACACUAGGAGAAGCGUUGAUGGCCCCAACUGUGAUAUAUGUCAAGCAGGUGCUCGAUAUCAUUAGCAAGGGAGGCGUGAAGGGAAUAGCCCACAUCACCGGCGGAGGUUUCACGGAUAACAUACCCCGAGUAUUCCCCAAAGGCCUUGGAGCCGUCAUUUACAAGGACUCUUGGGCGAUCCCUCCAGUGUUCAAAUGGAUACAGGAGGCCGGAAGAAUAGAAGACUCCGAGAUGAGGCGGACGUUUAAUAUGGGUAUUGGGAUGGUUCUUGUUGUCAGCCCGGAAGCCGCUCAUAGAAUGCUACUAGGAGAUGCAGCAGCAGCAUAUCGCGUGGGGGAGGUUGUAACCGGAGAUGGAGGAGUAAUCUAUCAAUAGGAAAGAUAACUGGUUUUUGUCUCUCUUUUUGUACGCCCUCUUGCAAACAUGUUUUUGAGUUAGUUAAUGCUGUACAGUUGAUUUCGGCUGUUGCGUCCAAAUUCGUAACUUAAUUUUUUAAACUACUUGUAUUUGAACACAGUUGUUGGUCGAAUACAAAGUUCAAUUUUGUUUGA